AUGCUUGCCGAGUAUCUGGUAACCAUCGCAACCCUGGUUGCCGGUGCCUCCGCAUGCCAGCGCGAUUUCAACGUGGCUGCGAGGCACACCCACCGCCAAGCACUCUCGAAGCGCAACGAUGAGUGGCCACCAGUACUUGAUGACCAGGAGACACUCCUCGUCAACGCGUUUGACAAUGUCACGAUCGAUGAGUGGUCGCACUAUUACGGAUACCAGAACAAGCUCGCCGGGUACGGGAGGGAAGCUGCGCAGUGGACAGCAGACCGAUGGAGCGAGAACGGCGUCGAUGCUCACCUCAGCGAGUAUCAUGUCUAUUUUCGGUAUCCCGUGAGUGCCUCGUUGAGUUUCACGGGGGCUGACGGGCAGCAACAAGAGGUCAAUCUAAAGGAGCCGGUCCUUGAGGAUGACGAGGCCACGGGCUUUGACGUCAUUUCCCAGCAGACGUUCUUGGGAUACUCACCGUCAGGCAAUGCCGAGGCCGAGUACAUUUAUGCCGGUCGCGGCUCAAUCGAUGACUUCGAGAGACUUGUCGAGCUCGGUGUUAGUUUCGAGGGCAAGAUCGCGCUCAUCAAGUAUGGUGGCUUGUUCCGCGGGCUAAAGGUCAAGAACGCCCAAGACCACGGCGCAAUUGCUGCUGUUUUGUUCAGCGACCCUGGAGACGAUGGCAACAUGACGGUAGCCAACGGCUACGAAGCCUACCCAGAUGGGCCUGCCAGAAGUCCUCACUCCGUCCAGAAGGGCUCGACCUUGUUCCUUUCCACGUCUCCUGGCGACCCAACUACUCCUGGAUAUCCGUCCCACAAGGAUGCCCCUCGGGCCGAUACUUCGGAAGUGAUUGCCAAGAUCCCGUCCAUUCCAAUCUCAUAUGCGGCCGCCGAACCUCUGCUGAAAGCCCUGGACGGCCACGGCCUGUCUGCCCAGCAGGUCAAUCGCACCAGGUGGGUUGGCGGACUCGACGCCGAAUACAGCUCUGGCCCUGCCCCGAACGUCAAGCUCGCGCUGGAUGUGGUUUCGCGAGAGGAGAUCCGACCCAUCCACAACGUCAUUGGCCAUAUCAACGGAACGAAUCCUGACGAGACAAUUGUGAUUGGCAACCACCGCGACACUUGGAUGGUGCAGGGCGGCAAUGGCGAUCCAAACUCGGGCUCUGCCGUUCUGGUCGAGUUCACCCGUGCCAUCAACAAGCUCCGCGCGUCAGGAUGGCAGCCCAAGCGGAAUAUCGUUCUCGCAUCGUGGGAUGCCGAGGAAUGGGGUCUCAUCGGAUCGACGGAGUGGGUUGAGGAGCACGUCGACUGGCUUACAGACACGGCGGUGGCAUACCUCAACAUUGACGUGGCCGUCUCGGGACCCCGACCCAACCUCGCCACGACACCCGAGCUCCACACUCUAGCCACCAACAUGAUGAAGAAGGUGGUCCACCCCAACUUCGGUGGAUACAACAGGUCACUUUACGAUGCCUGGCACGACGUCUCCGGCGGUGUCGUGGAUGUGCUCGGGUCAGGAUCCGACUACACGCCUUUCCUUCAUCGAGGCAUCAGCUCCUUCGACGUGGGCAGUUCGGGGGGCGCCAACGACCCGGUCUGGCACUACCACUCCAACUACGACACGUACCACUGGAUGGCGACGCUCGGCGAUCCUGGCUUCAGCCUCCAUGCUUCACAGGGUCAGUAUCUUGCCCUCGUGGCCUACCACCUGGCCAGCGACGACAUCCUCCCCAUCGACACGCAGAACUAUGCCGCCGAGCUUCGUGCGUACUACGAAGACCUUGCCGAGUUCGCCUCGGAGGAGGGCGCCGACUUGGAUCUCUCCGAGCUUGACCAGGCCAUCAACCAGUUCAAGGAUAGUGCCGACCAGGUCAAGGCACUCGAGACGCUGGCUAUCGAGCGCGACGACGAAGCUCUCAAGACGGUGGUCAACCACAAGUACCGCGACUUCCAGCGUGGGUUCAUCUCUCAGGGAGGCCUUCCCAACCGCGAGUUCUACAAGCACGUUGUGACUGCACCAGGCCUGGAUACCGGAUAUGCCGCGGUCACGUUCCCGGGCAUCACCGAGGGCGUGCAGUAUGCAGAGAAUGGGGACUUUGCGGUUGCGCAGGAAUGGGUGAGCAAGACGGCACGUGGCAUUGCUGUUGCUGCUGGUAUCCUGAAGACGUGA